AUGGAAAUCAAGAAGCUACCACCGAGUUUCUCCCUACACUUGCUCCGAAUUCUACUCAACGAGGUCUCAGAGCCCAAAUCGCAUCGUGAAUUGAUGAAGGAGAUCAAUACAGGACCAGGGUCGACAACGAAGGAAUCGGCACAAUUCCUCGCAGCCAUUAAUACCAUCCAUGCAGAGCUGGUCACUACAGAAAAACUGGGCAAUUUCUUGGGCAACCUCCCCACUCUAUUCAUUGAGAAGAUAAUGGAGGAUAACCCCAGAUUUAUGCGCAGAUCGUUAUUCGGCUACUUCUGUCGACGUUGUUUCGUCAGCUUCGUCAAGCUUUCCUAUGUCGGUCUCGUCAAGUUGAGAGACGAAUACCAAGCAUGGUGUGCAGGACUACCAGUUCCGAGCUACAACUCAGUUCCCGAAGUCGAUUUAACAAUCGACUACCUGCUUCAGAAAACAUCGACAGACAGAAAGUCUUGGGCACAAGCAGAAACAUACGCAGCGUGGGAGAAGGGCAAGGCCAUAGGGGACGAGAAUAUCGCGGUGGAGAACAUUCGCAGAUUCUUUGAACAGCACUUUCACGAUAAUACAGACUCCAGCGGGUUCCGGCAGCACGCCUUGCUCAACGUUGUACAAAUGCACUAUGUCAACAAGGAAUAUGUAGCCGCAAGAAAGCUUCUAGGAGAAGCCAUAUCUGUUUCCCGUACAGCUAAUGACAGGGCCACGUUAUUGCACUGUCUAAGCCUGCUGCAUCGACUCCCGCCUGCACCUGGAUUCAAAGCAACGAUAAAUGAAAUUCAGCCCGACUUGGACCCUCUCGAGCUACUCUUCGAUGUGAAGAAAUUAAUGGAUGAGCAAAACGAACAGCCUCUUUCCACAGCGUUCAGCAAGAUAGUCCAGGCUACGGGGUUGUACGAUCAUCGUCUAGAUGUAUCCCGUGAUCGCGAGUCUUCAGUACCGAAUGAGGAGUACCAAUGGGCGCAACAUGCCGUCCAGGCGUAUGUUUGGAAAGAAGCUGGAUGUUCUCAGUUGGCGGCUUUGGAAGAGGACAUUGUUAUUGCUUUCACAGACAUAGGCGGGGACAACUCCAUUCGACUCAGUGUGCUGCUGAACCGAGCAUAUACGACUGCACUGGGAGGCGACUACAAGGCGGCACUUGCGCUACUGCUCGACCCGACCACUUGGAGAGGAAUAACAAUCCCUGAUUAUAGACUUUGGGCUCACGAGAUAUGGUGUAUUCUCGCGCUUCGGUCUGUUCGUCGAGAAUAUCUCCUUCCUAGGAAGCCUCAGGGCGAAUUCAAUCCCCGUUAUUUCUCCUUUGAAGAGCUCAAAGCGGCUUCUCUGCCUGCAAUCCGUCAAUGUAUCUACCAAGUUCUCCAAUUCAAGGCAGAGUUCCUGGGCAGAUAUGAUGCCUACCGGACAGGCAUCGUGUUGAUGGCGGAUUUCGGUUUGGAAUUUAACAUGGCAAAGAAGUCGAAGAGGAUCCUUGGAGAGAUCAUGCCCCAGAUCCUGACCAGCACGGUCAAAGAGUUGAGAGCGACGGCUUGCUUCACUUACGCCAGGUGCCUACUCGCAGCUGCCGACGAGGUCACCCCUGCCGUGAUUGAGGAAGCCUUAUAUUACCUCUCCUUUGCAGAUAUGGAUUUUGACCGGCUGGAAAUGCGGUCGUCUGCCAAGGAGGUGCUUUACAUGCAAGCUGUGCUGUACGAAAAUCUGGGACAGACGGACAAGCGAAACGAGAGGAUGCAUGCGUACGACGAGGCGGAAAAGGCGGCUCUGAAGAUGGGAAAGUCGGCGACGGAUAGUCAAUCUGAACAGGUGUAUAAUCUAGUGGUAGAAGUAGGGGCAGCGCUAGCUCGCCGGUAG